AUGGCAGCACGAAGCGCUACCAACUUACUCACCAAAGCAGUGCGACCAACCGGUCUAUUGAAGUCACAACAAGGACAAGCACACCGGUUUUUGUCUACAAGUCCAAUUCAGAGCCAGGCAAAGACACUGCUCGAGGACAAAGAGAAUGGAUUUGGGUUCAUUCGGAACAACCCGCGCACACCCAAGCCUCGUACCAAAGGCGUGACCGAGAUCCGGGGCCCCUAUUACUCUGUAUAUGGGAAACGGCACCUACAAGACGUGCUGGAAACCAUGGGACACCACGUUGACGGGCUCAAAUUUGCCGGGGGCAGUUUCUCUCUGAUGCCCGAGAGUGCGGUGCGAGAACUUGUCGAUCUUGCCCAUGAAUAUGAUGUCUAUGUCAGCACUGGAGGGUGGAUGGAACAUAUCUUGACUCAACCGGACGCCAACACUGUGGUGGAGAAGUAUCUGCGCAAGUGCAAAGACAUCGGGUUCGACGUGAUCGAGCUGUCUUCCGGGUUCUUGUCAUUCCCACCAGACGACUGGCUCCGACUGGUGGACAAGGUGCACAGUAUGGGCUUGAAAGCCAAACCUGAGUUGGGCAUCCAGUUCGGCGCGGGUGGUGACACGGCAGCGGAAGAUUUGGAAGCCGCGGGUACCUCAGACCCAAGCAAGGUGAUUAACCUGGGCAAGAAGUUCAUUGAAGCUGGAGUGGAACGAAUGAUGAUUGAGAGCGAAGGGAUCACCGAGAACGUCAAGAGCUGGCGGACAGACGUGAUCCAAGCCAUUCUGCGAGACCUACCGCAGGAGAAGGUCAUGUUCGAGGCAGCCGAUCCGCCCGUGUUCAACUGGUAUGUGCGAGAGUUCGGCAUCGACGUCAAUCUGUUCGUGGACCAUUCGCAGAUUGUGCAACUGACCUGUCUCCGGAGCGGUAUUUGGGGGAUGGCUGACACGUUCGGGAAGAUUGUGAGCUACAGGGAUUAA